UCUAACAAAGAAAUGUGUGGCGAUUUAUAAUAUUUUGCUAUGUCUUGAUAUGCAUGACAUAUAGGGGAUAUCCCUUCGAUGAGAAAGCAAGCGGUGUGUGUAUUUCAGUGUCCUUUUUCAACAGGAGGCGCAGCAGUUCUUGUUUCGGUCUCUGGCUCUGCUUGAGCUGUGUUUCUUUCUGUUGUGACACUGGACUGUCCUCCGUAUGAAACUAAAACAAUGAUGAAAAGGCCGCUGUUUAUGAGUAAAUGUCCACAUCAGGGAGUUUUAGGAAAUCUCCAAACCUCUAACUAGAGUAAAAAAAUCCGGUAAGUAGCGGGGUGUCAGACCGAUAUAUACCCGCCUGAAGUAGUCAGUCGGCGGCAUGUCGCUGAGCUCAGGCGGGUGGACUCAAACGCCUCCUUCGGCCCAGCCGUCAUCGUCUCAUCUCGGCCAUGAGGCCUCGCAGUCGGGCUGCAACACGGUUUUGAUGUCGGUGAAGGUGUCAGUAUGCCACUCUGGUAUACGACCGCUUUGUCUCCCGGGCGCCGGAGACGAAUCUCUCCGUCUUCAGCUGAGCAUGGACCCGGGAAAAGCAGGGGAAUUCCGCCUUGCGUUACGGGACAUCAGCGGAGCAGCUGCUGGUCGCAGCGUGUCCAUUGCUGAGUUUGACCUCAGGACUGUUCGUUAUGAAGUCAAGUCACCACGGUGCCAUGAACUGAGUUUGGCUACACCUCCGCAUGACCGUAUUACGUUCAACUUCCGCAGUGAGCAGGAAGCACAAGAGUGGGCCACAGUGGUGAUGUCAUCACUCCGCGAGGCCCAAAGAGUGGUGAUUAAUUCCCCUACUGAAGAUGGACAGCUACCUCCUCAGCCUCUGGCUUCACAAAGCACUGCACUCAUGCCACAUACAGAGGAUAUUUGUGCAGAGCUGGUUUGUGCUAUAGAGGCUGGUGAUGUUCAAGCAGCAUCUGUUUGUGCAUCAUCUUUAGCUAACCAGAGAGCUGCUCUGUGUAUUCAGCCCUCUAAACGAAAUUACACAGACAUAGAAAUCAGCCUGGCUGUGGUGGUAGAGGAUGCUUCCUCGUCCUGUUGUGUCACAGUGAAAGUCUUCCCCCACUCUACAAUUGGUGCUCUCAAACAGCAGGUCUUCACAGACUAUGGUUUUCAUCCACGUGUGCAGCGCUGGGUCAUUGGUCAGUCAUUGUGCUCUGAUCAUCGCUCUCUGGCUUCUUAUGGAGUUCAGCACGAUGGCGACACUGCGUUCCUUUAUUUAAUUUCUGCCCGUCAGGCCCGUCUCAGCCGAGGGCUGUACCAACAAGAUCAAGAAAGUGCUUUACUCAUGCCUGCCCCAGUGCCGACAUCUAAUCAGCCCCACCAAGAACUAGUUGCCAAUGGGCCAGUGGCAUUGAACACAGCAUCAAGGCCAUACAGCACCCUGCCUACCAGACUGCACAACAGCCAUAAUACUCUGAACAACAGUGCUGGUGGCACAGAACGGUUGGGUUUGGGUGAAAUCCGUGACAUGAUCAAUCUUGAGAUUCCACAGUUGAAUGAAGCCCUGGUGCCCAACAGAACAAAUACACAGCUGGGAUGGGCCUGCCCAACAUGUACAUAUAUUAAUAAACCAACACGACCAGGCUGUGAAAUGUGUAGUGCAGACCGACCUGAAGGCUACACUGUUCCUGGCAACUACAGACCAGAUGCUCUAGAGCUGCGACGCAUUCAGCAAGAGAAAGAAGCGAUCAGGCAGUACCAACAGGCUCGAGAGGCAGAGCGCCGGGAGAACUAUGCACGUCUGGUGCAGAUGGACGGACAGGAUCUGGUUCCUAACCCAGAGAGAGUGGAGUGCAGGAUCUGCUAUCUGGAGCUUGAGUGUGGGGAGGGAGUCCUGCUCCGAGAGUGUCUCCACUGUUUCUGCAAAGAGUGUCUGCGCUCUGUGAUUCUGAUGUCUGAGGAUCCUCAGGUGGCAUGUCCAUACAGAGACGAAGCCUACGCUUGUGACUGCAUCCUGCAGGAGAGAGAAAUCAGAGCUCUGGUGGCAGUAGAAGAUUAUGAGCGUUGGUUGCAGAGAGGGCUGUCUGUUGCAGAGUCUCGAUGUGAGGGCAGUUAUCACUGUGCAACUGCAGACUGUCCAGGCUGGUGUGUUUAUGAAGAUGCUGUCAACACUUUCCACUGCCCAGUCUGCAAAAAACACAACUGCCUGCUUUGCAAGGCCAUUCAUGAAGGGAUGAACUGUAAGCAAUAUCAGGAUGACCUGGCAGCUCGUGCCAUCAAUGACUCUGCAGCUAGAAGAACCAGAGACCUGCUAAAGACUCUUGUUAACUCUGGAGAAGCGAUGCAUUGCCCCCAGUGUGGUAUCAUUGUACAGAAGAAGGAGGGCUGUGAUUGGCUACGCUGUACCGUCUGCCACACUGAGAUCUGCUGGGUCACCAGAGGGCCACGCUGGGGGCCUAAAGGUCCUGGAGACACAAGUGGUGGCUGCCGAUGCAAUGUUAACAAACAAAGAUGCCAUCCAAAAUGCCAGAAUUGUCACUGAAAGAGAGAAAAGGAGGGAAGAGUUAGAGACAAAGAAAGUAAGGUGAGAAGAAGAGACAGUAGUGACAUGGAAGUUUAUGACAUUACGAAAACUUCUGAUAUUACCUUAUUAGUAUUUGGAGACAUACCCUCUCCACCUGUCUGAACUGGAUACACAGUUCUGACUUUCUUAGUGGAGAUGUAAAGCACAAUAGACCUUUUUCACACUCCCGGUUUUGGAACGCGAAAGUAAAUGUUUGCAGGGUAAACUUCAACAGCAGUGAAUGGGAGUGGAUGGGAGACCACAGGAAAUAUUAUUUUCACUUACCCAUUUGCUUCAAGACCAGAAGGGAACUCCUCUAUUAUGUUUGAAUGACUUUCCAGAAGAGGAAAGAAAUAGAGAGUGAUGGAUUAAGACAGUAAAAUGGGAGAAGAUGCCAAAUUUACUGUCACUCUCUCAGCAGCUGAAAUAGAAACCCCCUCGCAGCUGUGGCAAUUCAUUUUUUAAAACUAAUUCCAGGGUAAUAUAACAAAGCAUAAUUUUAUCAAUUUACACUCUAUAUUUAAAAAAUGUAUAAUAUAAAAAAAAAUGCAAGAUUUACAUUGCUAAAUAAGGUGGAAACGCGUCAUCACAGUGUGUGAAAAAGGUCUGUUGCAAUGCAUUCUGAUUAGAAAUGUGUAGGCCUGUCAAACAACAAAUGCUGGUGCAUUUUAUCUGAUUAAAUCAUGAAAGAAAAUGAAGGUGCCGAGGGAAAACCACUUGAAAACAAGGGAUGGAAAAAGCUAAUCAGAAACUGCAGUUUAUAAUUGAAAUAAGGGAAUUGUUACAAUGCACUUACACAAAUACUCAUGUGUUUGACUUGUCUUACUUUUAAAAGAUGUACUACUCUGUUACCGAAGUGUGAAGUGUUAUUGAAAAGUGCCUUAUCUUGCCAUUUGUUUCCAAGCCAUGUAACCACUAGCAUUAGCAAUAAUAGAGUGUGACAUUGUUAUUAUUUUAUAUAUUUUGCUGUUGUUGUAGAUUUAUGUGAUCCAAGAUAACUUAAUAAUGUGUGCAGUGUUAUCCCUCAACCUUGAACUAAAAUCAUUGUAUUUUACUCACUGUAUUUUACCACUCAGUGCACUGCUUUCACGUUUGAUUAUCUGUUUGUAAGUUGGUGUUGACACAGCCCAGGAAUUUUGUAUUGUUGUAACACUCUGCUGAUUUUAGAGCUGUGAUGGUUUUAUAAGUCGUCGUCAAGAUUAAUCUAAUCCAAAGGAUUAACAUCCAAAGCUUUAAAUCUAUGCACUGUAAUAAGAUACAAUCCCACAAAGUCAACUAUAUUGUAUUUCCUUUAGGCAAAGUCACAUGCAUAUAGAAAAGUAGUUUUACCAACUGAAAAGUUUUGGAAUUGUAAAGCACUCUUGCAGAUGUCAGAACUGACAAUCCAAUGAAAUUGGAUGUGGGGCAUAAUUGAAGAGUCUUAAGUGAAGGGCUUUUUCAACCUUUAGCAUGAUAUUGAUUUGGCACCUCACCAUUAUUCAAAUAUAUGCACUACGAAGCUCAAUAAAUAGCAUGUAGCUGAAUGUACAAUAGAAAAAAGUGCACCUGCAGAAAUCCUAUACUUUUACCUUAACUUUUUAAAGUAGAAUAAUAUGACCUCAGGGUUGCAAGUCUUAAUAAAUUGCCUUACAGUUUAUAGUACUGAGCAGCUUUUUGUACAUAAGUGAAAUAUUCUUAGUAAAGAUCUGGACUAAUUUAAUGAGCCUCACAAUUUAAAAAAAAAAAAAAUAAUAAAAAAAACACAAUAAACAAUUGCCAACCUAUCUAUAUUGGUAUUAAGCUUUUUUCUUGGUUCUUCAUUCGCACUUUUCAGCAGAUUUUUUGCCAUAUGCCAUCUAAUGAAAUUCUGAUUCAUGUUAAAUAAUUUGUAUUGUUUAAAGCAGGGGUCGGCAACCUUUUUGACAUGGAGGGACAUUUUUUAUUUUCCUGGGUAAUGACAAUGAGGCCCCCCCCCCCCCAAUAAAUAAAUAAA